AUGGCGGAACACAACAUUGUCCUGUUUCCCGGCGAUCACUGCGGGCCAGAGGUCGUGGCCGAGGGUGUCAAGGUCCUCAAAACGCUUGAGCAGCAUCGGCCCAGCGCCGGCAAGUUUAUUCUCCAGGAGCAUCUGCUGGGCGGUUGCUCCAUCGACGCCACGGGCACGCCCCUGAGCGACGAGGCCCUCGCGGCGGCAAAGUCGGCCUCGGCGGUGCUGCUAGGGGCCAUCGGGGGACCGAAAUGGGGCACGGGGGCGGUGCGGCCGGAGCAGGGGAUCCUGCGGCUGCGCAAGGAGAUGGGCACGUACGGCAACCUGCGGCCGUGCUUCUUCGCGUCGGAGGCGCUGGUGGACGCGUCGCCGCUCAAGCCCGACGUGUGCCGCGGCACCGACUUCGUCAUUGUGCGCGAGCUCACGGGCGGCAUCUACUUCGGCGACCGCAAGGAGGACGACGACGGCUCCGGCAGCGCGUGGGACGUCGAGGCCUACCAGCGCGCCGAGGUGGAGCGCGUCGCGCGCCUCGCUGGCUUCUUGGCCCGCGGCAGGGGCGAUGCCAGGGUCUGGUCGCUCGACAAGGCGAAUGUGCUGGCGACGAGUCGUCUGUGGCGGCGCGUCAUGACGGAGACGUUUGAGCGCGAGUUUCCCGACCUCGGCCUCGAGCACCAGCUCAUCGACAGCGCCGCCAUGAUCAUGGUCAAGAAGCCCACGUCGCUCAACGGCGUCGUCGUCACCAGCAACCUCUUUGGCGACAUCAUCAGCGACGAGGCCAGCGUCAUCCCCGGCAGCAUCGGCCUCCUGCCCAGCGCCAGCCUCAGCGGCAUCCCCGACGGCAAGAGCCGCUGCAGCGGCAUCUACGAGCCCAUCCACGGCUCCGCCCCGGACAUCUCGGGCCAGGGCAUCGUCAACCCCAUCGGCACCAUCCUUUCCGUCGCCAUGAUGCUCCGCUACUCCCUCAACCUCCCCGACGAGGCCCAGGCCAUCGAGGCCGCCGUCAAAAAUGCCCUCGACGGCGGCCUGCGCACAAAGGACCUGGGCGGCAGCGCCAGCACCAAGGAAGUGGGCGACGAGGUCGCCAGGCAGCUCGUCGCCAUCCUCCAGGCCUCUUGA